AUGAAUGUGAACCAGCAGCCUCCCAUGGCGUCUCCCUACGGCCAGCCCCAGCCGGGCUACGGCCAGCCCAACUACGCUCCCCUGGGUGGCGGCUACCCUGGCCCCUACGGACCCUACAACGGCCCAGCUACAGCCUACCAGCCUGGGGCUCCACCACAAGGUAAGUCUGUCCCUCUUUCCCUAACCCUAUCCCUCUGGUUCGCUUCUUCCCUCUUGCAAGGGACUGUCUGUUUCUGUUCCUCCUCCCACAAGCUGGCUUGCCUUCUGCAAGGUAGAGAUUGUCUCUGUGCCCAUCGCAAAGUUUACUCUUUGCCUUUCCUGCGUGUGUGUGUGUGUGAGAGAGAGAAAUGUAACUAAACCUGUUUGGAUGUAUUUGAUUGGAGCAGUGUGAAUGCGUGAGCAAGCUAUGCGUGCAUGUGUUCCUCCCCCCGGCUUUCUGCAUUUCUCUUCCUGUCUCAGUACACAGUGUCUUCCUCUCUUCUUGUCUUUCAGGUUACUGUACAUAUGCCAGCUUUCCCUCGAAGGCUGUGGCAGCUAACCCAGUCUCUGCCCUGUCCUCUCCUCUUGACUUGGGUAACUGCUUUCUCUCUGUUCCUUCUACAGAGAACAAUGGUUCUCAUGAACCACUUAAAGUUCCAAAUCUAAGAUGUAGCUUUCUCACACGACAUGACAUUACCUUCAAAGCAUUCAAAAUACCUCCGCAUACGGUAUACCGCCCGACCUUACCUUAGGAUGACUUUAACUUUACCAACUGGUGAAGCUAUGUGGGUUUUUCUGGCUGGAAGUAAUCCUACCUUUAACGUUCUUGUGUUGAUGACAUAACAUUCAUCAUAGUGGAUGACACAACUUUCAGAAUGCAUCCGCUGUGUUUCAAACCUGUCGUCAUUGCAGGCAGGUGCCUAACAGCCUCUGCCUCCCUUCCUCCCUCUCACUCAGGAUCUGCCAGGGCCCCCCCUACCUCUGUCUCCACUCCCCAGGCCUACUCCCAGUAUGCCCAGGGAGACAUUCAGAAUGGACCCCCAUCUAUGGAUCACUCUAUGGCUCAGCCAGCUCACAGGUCAGACAACACACAUGAAUAGUAUUCAGUAGACAACGGUUGUGUGUGUCCAGAUAGCUGUGUGAGUGUGUGUGUCCAGAUAGCUGUGUGUGUGUCCAGAUAGUUGUGUGGUUGGUGCCAAGUGUGGUGUGUGGUCCAAUAUGUGGGUUGUGUCCAGAUAGUUGUGAGGUGUGUGUCCAGAUAGUUGUGUGAGUGUGUGUGUGUCCAGAUAGUUGUGGUGUUGUGUGUGUGUGUCCAGAUAGUUGUGAGUGUGUGUGUGUCCAGAUAGUUGUGUGAGUGUGUUGUCCAGAUAGUUGUGAGUGUGUGUGUCCAGAUAGUUGUGUGAGUGUGGUGUGUCCAGAUAGUUGUGUGGUGUGUGUCCAGAUAGUUGUGUGAGUGUGUGUCCAGAUAGUUGUGUGUGUGUGUGUGUGUCCAGAUAGUUGUGAGUGUGUGUGUGUGUCCAGAUAGUUGUGUUGUGUGUGAUGUUGUGGUGUGUCCAUAGUGUGUGUGUGUGUGUCCAGAUAGUUGUGUGAGUGUGUGUGUCCAGAUAGGUUGUUUGUGUGUGUGUGUUCCAGAUAGUUUGUGUGUGUGUGUGGUGUGGUGUUGUGUGAGUGUGUGUUUGUCCCAGAAUAGUUGUGUGUGUGCGUGUGUCCAGAUAGUUGUGUGUGUGUCCAGAUAGUUGUGUGUGUGUCCAGAUAGUUGUGUGUGUGUCCAGAUAGUUGUGUGUGUGUCCAGAUAGGUGUGUGUGUGUCCAGAUAGGGGUGUGUGUGUGUGUGUGUGUCCAGAUAGGGGGGUGUGUGUGUGUGUGUCCAGAUAGGGGGGUGUGUGUGUGUGUCCAGAUAGGGGGGUGUGUGUGUGUGUGUCCAGAUGUGUGUGUGUGUGUGUGUGUCCAGAUAGGUGUGUGUGUCUCCAGAUGGUUAUAUGUGUGGUCUACGAAGAAAGGUGUGUGUAUGUGUACUGAGUUGUUUGUGUGUAUGUGUCCAGGCCUCCAGUGUCUCAGCUGUAUAGCCAAGGCGCUAUGAACUUGUCUGGGCCACAACCCUCCUACCCCCAGCAGUACGGGGUGCAGCCCCCUAUGCAACAGGUGACCAAUCAGAUGUCAGGGAUGCAGAUCGGUUCAGGCCCCCUUACCUCUGCUGGGCCAGGAUAUGGUAAGAAAUAAUAAAUAUUAAUCAAUUGAUGAAUUUCGUGCCGAACUUUGCACCUACUAAACACAACUCUAGUUACCGAUUCUUGCUGAAUUUUCUGUUCUCGCUCCUUCACCAGCUCCGCCUCCCAGCUCCCAGCCUCCAAUCAGUGCUGCCUACUCCGCUGCAGCACCUCCCUCCUAUACACAAGCUCCUCCCCCAGUGUCUGGCUCCCCCUCCCAGCCUCCCCCUCCCAGUGAGCCUGCAGCCCCCCAGCCUUACUAUGGUGGGCCUCCUCCCUCUCACCAACAACCCUUCCCCUCCUCCUCUCCAUACUCGGGCCCUCCCCCUUCCAGCCAACCUCGGGCCCCUGCAGUCUCUCAACAGCAGUCCUUCCCACCUGGCCCCCCUCCCCCUGCUCAGCAACCCUUCCCCAACUCUGCCCCUCCUCCAGUAUCCCGGGCCUCAUACUCUGGCCCCCCUCCUCCCAUCCAGCACUCCUUCCCCCCCAGAGGCCACCCUCCCUCCUCCCAACCUGGUCCUUUCCCACCUACCUUUGCACCCCCUGCCCAGUACCCUGCCCCCCAGCCCCCGUCCCAACCCGGGCCCCCUCCCUUCCACUCUGGCCCCCCUUCUCAAGGCCCCAUGCCACCUCCCUCCAUGUCCCAGCAGCAGGCCAACCACCUUCCCCCCGGCCCCAUACAGCAGCCCCCCAUGCAGCAGCCUCCUCAGCCUGGCAUGCAGGGAGGAUACCCACCCCAGCAGAAUGGUGAGUGCACCACUUUCAAACCCCUGUACAACUUCCACUAGACCGCUGGCUUGCUUUUGGCAAGAGUGGAUGUGAAAACCGUUUGCUAGCUAAUAAACAUAAGCCCACCCAGUAGAGUUUAUAAUCGAUAAAUAUUUUGCUCCCUAGGUGCGUUUGGGCAGCCCGUAGGCCCCCAGACUGGCUAUGCAGGUCCGCAGUAUCCCGGGCAACAGAACUACGGCGCAGGCCCUGCCCCUGCACCCGCACAGAAGAGACUGGACCCUGACUCCAUCCCCAGCCCGGUAAGACACACACACACACACCCUAAUCGUGGUAAGUCCUUUGAUGUAUAGUGUAUUGGUGAUAAUGAUGUUAGAUAUUGUACCGUGUGUGGGGACCAGAAGUCCUCACAAGGAUAGUAAAACAAGGACAUUUCGGACAAGUGAUAACCGGUCCCCACAAGGAAAAAUGCUAUUUUAGAGUUCAGGUUACAAUUAGGGUUAGAGGUUAGGUUAGAUUUAGAGUUAGGGAUAAUGGGAUGGUAAAUCAAUUCUUUGGUCCCUACAAGGAUAGCAAUACAAAACUGUGUGUGUGUGUGUGUGCAUGUCAGUCUAACAGUGUAACCCAAUCCAAGUUGAGCAUGUACAUCUGCUUGCCUUCUCUCUGAUCACUGACUAAUCUAUAACCAAUCAUCACAGUCUGGACAAUCAGUCAGGGAGUUGAUAGUCCUGCUACAGAGUUAUUUUCAUCUUCUUGUCUCUCUGUCCCCUGUUUUUCUUUUGGUUUGUUUAAUUUAAUGAUUUGCUGGACAAAACUCUGUUGUGAAUGUAAAGCAAGCAUCUGAGCUGCCGGCUGUGCAGAAAUCCAGACAUAGAAUAGACCCAGAUGCUGUCCCCAGUCCAGUAAGUCUCCUGUUUACCUCCUAACCCCUAUGCCCAACCCCGUAAACCAGGGGUGCCCAACCCUGUUCCUGGAGAGCUACCCCCAGGUGUUACUAACCUGAUUCAUCUUAUCAACCUACUAAUUAUUAGAAUCAGGUGUGCUAGAUUAGGGUUGGAGCAAAAACCUACAGGACGGUAGCUCUCCAAGAAAACGGUUGGGCAGUCCUGCCGUAAACCAUUAUCCUCCUGUCUACACCCUAACCCCUAUGCCCUAACCCCUAUCCCAUACCCCUUAACCCAUUAUCCUCCUGUCUAUGCCCUAACCCCGAAAACCAUUAUCCCCCUGUCUACAAUACCCUAACCCCUACACCCUAACUACUUUGAUAUACCCCUUAACUAAUCAUCCCCCUGUCUACACCCGAUGCCCUAAUCCCUGACCCCAGCCCAGCAAUCUUCUGUGUCGUCUCCGUCGGACUAACUGCUACACCCGUACCGUUUGAACCCUAACCCCCUGACCAGUGUUUCCGCUGCAGUCUUUUAGCUAUGGCGCUGCGCAACGGCAAAAUCUUUGCCACCACGGCCCAAAAAGAUGGAACUUGAAAAAAUAUUUCUGCCGAGGCAUACUUUGAAGAUGCUAGAACAGUCCACAUUUGACUUUCCCUCUGCAAACAAAACGAGAUCCAAUAGACAAAAAUCCGACAACCCCGUAGUAGAAUAUUUGAUCUGUUUACCUAGUUUGCUUGUGUGUUCUAUGCGAGAGAAAUAUUCCUCUCGAAAGGCGCAUUGAAGUGCCAUAGGGAUGUAAACAUGCAUUCGGACAAGCAGUAAAUGCACAACAAUUCUUACAAUCGUGGGGAAAACAGCUGUUUUAAUGGCUUUAUUAAAAUUAUGACGUUCCCAGCCCUCCAUUCCUACUUGAUUUAAUUCUCAACUCCUAAAUAUGUGCGAACUGCACCAAUUUUUAUACCCAGAGUUUUUAGCAGCGACAUGGUUAAGCACGUUACCUCUCCUCAAUUCGCUGUGAAUGCAUAGGGGAGAGUGGGGCAAAAUGUAACACGGGUCAAUUGUAUCAUAACUUGUAAAACGGCACCCUAUUUUCAUCCAUUUUGGAGUAGAAUGUCGAUUUAAAAAAAGUGAGCUUCUCAGUCAUACAUAGAAAUCCCCCCCCAUCCGUGACCUUUUGCCCCCACUGCUACACAUUUUCCAGAGGAAACACUGCCCUGACCCUCUGGAGCCCACCUUUGUCUCCGGGGGUAGACCAUGCUCACUGUGCUGAUACCCUCUCCCCUCCUCCUCGCAUGCCAGCCUGCAGUAUCUCGCUCACGACUCACCCACAAUUCCUUGCGUUGUGAAGUUCGUCCACGAUCAUUCUACAUUUGAGUGUUACGCCCUCUCUAGUGGUUUUGGUGUGUUGUGCACUGUACUCUACAUUGUUGCCAUGGUUGCUGUGACAUUGUGUUAGUAUUAUGGGAUUUAGGGCUGCACGAUAUGGGCAAAAAAUCUAAUAGAGAUUUUUUUAACCAAAUAUUGCGAUAGACAUCAAAACACUGGAACUGUUGGAAUCAUAGAAAUAUAUAGUACCAGUCAAAAGUUUGGACACACCUACUCAUUCAAGGGUUUUUCUUUAUUUUUACAAUUUUUUACAUUGUAGAAAAAUAGUGAAGACAUCAAAACUAUGAAAUAACACAUAUGGAAUCAUGUAGUAACCAAAAAAGUGUUAAACAAAUCAACAUAUAUUAUAUUUGAGAUUCUUCAAAUAGCCACCCUUUGCCUUGAUGACAACUUUGCACAAUCUUGGCAUUCUCUCAACCAGCUUCACCUGGAAUGCUUUUCCAACAGUCUUGAAGGAGUUCCCACAUAUGCUGAGCACUUGUUGGCUGCUUUUCCUUCACUCUGCGGUCCGACUCCAAAACCAUCUCAAUUGGGUUGAAGUCGGGUCAUUGUGGAGGCCAGGUCAUCUGAUGCAGCACUCCAUCACUCUCCUUCUUGGUAAAAUAGUCCUUACACAGCCUGGAGGUGUGUUGGGUCAUUGUGCUUUUGAAAAACAAAUUAUAGUUCCACUAAGCCCAAACCAGAUGGGAUGGCGUAUCGCUGCAGAAUGCUGUGGUAGCCAUGCUUGUUAAGUAUGCCUUGAAUUCUAAAUACAUCACAGACAGUGUCACCAGCAAAGCACCCCCACACCAUAACACCACCUCCUCCAUGCUUUACGGUUGGAACUACUCAUGCAGAGAUCAUCCGUUCACCCACACCGCGUCUCACAAAGACACAGCGGUUUGAACCAAAAAUCUCAAAUUUGUACUCCAGACCAAAGGACAGAUUUCCACCGGUCUAAUGUCCAUUGCUCGUGUUUCUUGGCCCAAGCAGGUCUCUUCUUCUUAUUGGUGUCAUUUAGUAGUGGUGUCUUUGCAGCAAUUCGACCAUGAAGGCCUGAUUCACACAGUCCCCUCCGAACAGUUGAUGUUGAGAUGUGUCUCUUACUUGAACUGUGUGAAGCAUUUUUUUGGGCUGCAAUUUCUGAGGCUUGUAACUCUAAUGAACUCUGGGUAACUCUGGGUCUUCCAUUCCUGUGGCGGUCCUCAUGAGAGCCAGUUUCAUCAUAGCGCCUGAUGUUUUUUUGCGACUGCACUUGAAAACUUUCUAAGUUCUUGAAAUGUUCCGUAUUGACUGAACUUCAUGUCUUAAAGUAAUGAUGGACUGUUUUCUCUUUGCUUAUUUUAGCUCUUCUUGCCAUAAUAUGGACUUGGUAUUUUACCUAAUAGGGCUAUCUUCUGUAUACCCCCCCUACCUUGUCACAACACAACUGAUUGGCUCAAACACAUUAAGAAGGAAAUAAAUUCCACAAAAUUGAACUUUUAAGAAGGCACACCUGUUAAUUGAAAUGCAUUCCAGGUGACUACCUCAUGAAGCUGGUUGAGAGAAUGCCAAGAGUGCAAAGCUGUCAUCAAGGCAAAGGGUGGCUAUCUGAAGAAUCUCAAAUAUAAAAUAUAUUUUGAUUUGUUUAACACUUUUUUGGUUAGUACAUGAUUCCAUAUGUGUUAUUUCAUAGUUUUGAUGUCUUCACUAUUAUUCUACAAUGUAAAAAUAAAGAAAAACCCUUGAAUGAGUAGGUGUGUCCAAACUUUUGACUGGUAGUGUAUUUUAUAUUAAGAAUCCGCAUCGUUCUUUUUUUGAACAAUCUGUUGACAGCGCCUGAGUAGAGGGAGAGAGGCGUUUCAAAUUAUUGUAUGUGAUAUGGAUAUUGCACAUGUCAAUAUUAUUAAUUGUGCAGCCCUAUUAUGGGAUGGCAUCACUGUUUUUCUUUUUAAAUUAAAUUUUACUCUCUCCCUGCAUGUGUUUUCUAUGCUCUGUCAUAUUCACAUUAGUGUGUCUGUAAAACUCGCUUUCUCUCUGUAUUUCAGAUCCAGGUGAUUGAGGACGACCGGGCCAACAAGAGCAGCGAGCCGUUCACCACGGGGGUCAAAGGUCAGACUCCGCCCCUGGUCACCACCAACUUCCAGGUGAAAGACCAGGGCAACGCCAGCCCGCGGUUCAUCCGCUGUACGGCCUACAACAUGCCCUGCACGGCCGACAUGGCCAAACAGUCCCAGGUCCCCCUGGCCGCUGUAAUCAAACCUCUAGCCGUGCUGCCCCCCGACGAGGUGAGACACACAAACCACACCGCUAUCUCCUCUGGUCUGGUCUUCUCAUCACACUCUCUCUCUCUCUCUCUCUCUCGUGUUAAACUUUCUAUGAGCUUGAACUAGGCUAUAAGAGUCUUAACAACCCUCUGUCUGUCUCUCAGACCCUGCCGUACAUCGUGGACCAUGGGGAGGCCGGUCCUAUCCGCUGUAACCGCUGUAAGGCCUACAUGUGUCCCUACAUGCAGUUCAUCGAGGGCGGACGCCGCUUCCAGUGUGGCUUCUGCAGCUGCGUCACAGAGGGUGUGUGUGCAGGAAGAUAUUGUGCUACUGUGUGGUUAUUGUGGGUUAUAACACCUCUCUAUCUAUAUCCAUCCAUCCAUCCACAGUGCCUCCCCACUACUUUCAACAUCUGGACCACACAGGGAAGAGGGUGGACUGCUACGACCGGCCAGAGCUCUCGCUGGGCAGCUACGAGUUUGUGGCCACCGUCGACUACUGUAAGGUAGGUGACUACUGUGUUUUUAUGAGAGACUGGAGGCCUGUAGCAUUGCUCUAUUUGGACCAGAAGAUUUUCUCAAAGGGCCAGAUGAGGACCAAGCUUGGCACAUACCAGAGAUUCUCAUGAUGUAAUAUGCUCAAUAUGUCUAGUCUAAAUACUUGUCACUCUCUCAGAACAAUAAGCUCCCCCAGCCCCCAGCGUUCGUCUUUUUCAUCGAUGUGUCUUACAACGCCGUGAAGAGUGGCAUGGUCAACAUCGUCUGUCAGGAACUCAAAACUCUACUGGACUACCUGCCCAGGUACAGACAGACACACACACACACACACACACUAUUCACCCAUGUAAACACACACACACACACACACACCAGCUAAUUAACAUUUUCUCUGUGUUCCCCCGCUCCAUCUCUAGGGAGAAUCCAGAGGCUGACUCGGUGGUGCGUGUGGGUUUUGUGACCUACAACAAGGUGUUGCAUUUCUACAACGUCAAGUCCAGCCUGGCCCAGCCCCAGAUGAUGGUGGUCAGUGACGUCAGUGACAUGUUCCUCCCUCUGCUCGAUGGCUUCCUGGUCAACGUCAACGACAGCCGGAUGGUCAUCGAGAGGUAUGCACACACACACGCAUGCAUAUACACCAGAGCUCCAGACUAACAUUUUCAGUUGGUAGCACCAGCCCAUGAUUUGGUCACAGCAAAAAAAAAUCACGUAAUAGAUUUUUAAAACAAAUAUCAUGGGGAUAUUCAAGGUGAGUAAAAGAGAAGAGCAGUCAAUCAAACUCAAUCUGGUCUAAUACAAGUUGCAACAGGGAGACGCCUCCAGAACAGAAGCAGAGAAAAUGUCUAACUCACCUUCUCUAAGCAGGCCUUUUAUAUUCUAAUGUCACAGCACCAAUGUUCUGUAAACACCAGCCUGAGAGGCUUGUCGGAAGUCACAUCAGCUGCUACAGAAUCACACAGUGUCACAGAAUACAAUAACAAUCAGUGUCCUCUGUCCUUGGUACCUCCAGUCUGGCGUCAAUCACUAUCAACAGAUCUGGGAACAAACCAUAACAUUCAGUAUCAAGUUCUAGUGACCGUCAACCCAUACACAAAUGUGUACCAUAUAGAACACGGGAAGUCAUGUGUAUUUAUUUGACAUUUUGCAGGAUGAAAUGUCUUGAGAUGCACCAUCUCGUUUUCAAGAGUGUCAAAUUGAAAAGGAGAAAUAACACUUUUAACAAAAUAAUAUGGCAACUACUGUAUAACAUUGUCAAUAUAAAUAUGAAAAUACAGUGCAUUCGGAAAGUAUUCAGACUUUAGACACAUUUUGUUACGUUACAGUUAUAUUCUAAAAUGAAAAAAAAAUUUCCUUAUCAAUCUACACACAAUACCCCAUAAUGACAAGGCGAAAACAGGUUUUUAGAAAUGUUAGCAAAUGUAUUAACUAAAAAAUGUAAAUACCGUAUUUACAUAAGUAUUCAGACCCUUUUGCUAUGAGACUCGAAAUUGAGCUCAGGUGCAUCCUGUUUCCAUUGAUCAUCUUUGAAAUGUUUCUAUAACUUGAUUGGAGUCCACCAGAGUAAAAACCAAGCCAUGACGUCGAAGGAAUUGUCCGUAGAGCGCAGAGACAGGAUUGUGUCGAGGCACAGAUCUGGGGAAGGGUACCAAAACAUUUCUGCAGCAUUGAAGGUCCCCAAGAACACAGUGGCCUCCAUCAUUCUUAAAUGGAAGAAGUUUGAAACCACCAAGACUCUUCCUAGAGCUGGCCGCCCGGCCAAACUGAGCAAUCGGGGGAGAAGGGCCUUGGUCAGGGAGGAGACCAAGAACCCGAUGGUCACUCUGACAGAACUCCAGAGGUCCUCUGUGGAGAUGGGAGAACCUUCCAGAAGGACAACAAUCUCUGCAGCACUCCACCGAUCAGGCCUUUAUGGUAGAUUGGCCUGAAUGCCAAGCGUCACGUCUGGAGGAAAUCUGGCACCAUCCCUACGGUGAAGCAUGGUGGUGGCAGCAUCAUGCUGUGGGGAUGUUUUUCAGCGGUAGGGACUCGGAGACUAAUCAGGAUCGAGGGAAAUAUGAACAGAGCAAAGUACAGAGAGAUCCUUAUUGAAAACCUGCUCAGGACCUCAGACUGGGACGAAGGUUCACCUUCCAACAGGACAACGACCUUAAGCACACAGCCAAGACAACGCAGGAGUGACAUCGGGACAAGUCUCUGAAUGUCCUUGAGUGGCCCAGCCAGAGCCCGGACUUGAACCCAAUCGAACAUCUCUGGAGAGACCUGAAAAUAGCUGUGCAGCGACGCUCCCCAUCCAACCUGAAAGAGUUUGAGAGGAUCUGCAGAGAAGAAUGGGAUAAACUCCCCAAAUACAGGUGUGCCAAGCUUGUAGCGUCAUACCCAAGACUCUAGGCUGUAAUCGCUAUCAAAGGUGCUUCAACAAAGUACUGAGUAAAGGGUCUGAAUACUUAUGUAAAUGUGAUAUUUCAGUUAUUUAUUUAUUAUAAAUGUGCAAAAAAUUUAUAAAAACCUGUUUUUGCUUUGUCAUUAUGGGGUAUUGUGUGUAGAUUGAUGAGAGGAAAAAACAAUUUAAUCAAUUUUGGAAUAAGGCCGUAACGUAACAAAAUGUGGAAAAGGUCAAGGUGUUUGAAUACUUUCCGAAUGUAGUGUAAAUAUGCUAAACAUUGUGUUAAUUACUCUUAACUGAAUAUUAACUUUAUUCAUCUUAAGUAUUUCCAUUAGUCCCCUGUUUUGCUAAUUUGACAUCACAGAAAUAGAAUGAAUAGAACAGACGUCCCCAUUCAAGUCAAUGAUGGCAUAAUGGGUGGACUUGGCAGCCCAUUCUAUAUCUAUGUUCUACAUACCCCAUCAAAGUGCCAUGCGAAUGACCAAUCAGUAUCUCAAUGCAUUGUCAAGUUUAAGAUUACUACAGCUUUUCACAGUGUAGACCCCAGCUUGACUCCUCCCACCCGGCACUCAACCAAGCAUCUCUUCAAUUCAACUUCCAACAGCACAAAUGAAACUGUCAGUGGCCCUUCCGAUGUCCCAAUAUCAAUGUCUAGGGAAAGUCUGAUUUCCCUACCCGACAACCUGAGCUGCCGCAACCAUCCUAUGCUGACCAUUCUGCAUUGUCUGUUUUUGCCCAGGCACCGGCAACGUGAGAGAAGUUUAGAUAAGAUCUCGGCAUGCCUGCGCCAUGUGCUAAGUCUCAGGAUACAUGCAGCACUCCUGCGAGAAGGGCGGUCUAUAGCUCAGAUGCUGUACACAGGUUGCUUGGUUCAGGCUAGUAGUUGUGAGGGACAGAGCUGUAGUGGAUGCCUUAUCUUCAGCUGGUUAGAGUGUUGGGGUCUCACUGAUCUGGUCAAAUUCAUCUGAUGCAUUAAAGGUACCAUCUGGAGACUACAUGGCCAUCCUCUUGAGAAAAGGAUCAGAAUAAUUAAUUAGACCAUGACAAACUCCAGUCUUGACACAACAGUCUUUAGUAAGAAACACAUGAGCAGGCCAUUAUAUUCUAAUCUCGCAGCAACAAUGUUCUGUAAACACCAGCCUGAGAGGCUUGUCGGAAGUCACAUCAGCUGCUACAGAAUCACACCGUGUCACAGAAUACAAUAACAAUCGGAUAUGAGAACAAUCCGUAACAUUCCAUAUCAAGUCUAGUGACCAUCAACCCCUACAUAAAUGUGUCCCAAAUAGAACACUGGAAAUCCUGUGUAUAAUUAUGUUAAGCAAUGUUAAUUACUCUUUAACUGAAUAUGAACUUUUGUUCAUCUUAAAUAUUCCCAAUAAAGUAAUAAUCUUAGUCAUUCAGUGCUUUAAUUAAGACGUGUAAUAGACUACUGAGAUGGUAUUCAAUAAAUAAGUUGUUUAAUCUAACAUGUUGUGAUUGAAAAUAUUUUUAUGCGCAACCUAAUCCAGUGAUUGUCAUGAAUUUCAGGUUGACAAUAAGCUAUUUCUAUAUUUUACUGUUAAUAUAGAGUUCAAUGGAGAUGAAUUUGCCUACAUCUUUAUGUGUACUAAUAUCAUGGGCUGCUUUUUGGGGGGCUAAUUCACCACCUGAGUAAGUGGAAACUCCAAACACAUGAGCUAGAUCGCUAACUCUAAAUAUAAUACCCAAAACACAUGAGCUAGAUCGCUAACUCUAAAUAUAAUACCCAAAACACAUGAGCUAGAUCGCUAACUCUAAAUAUAAUACCCAAAACACAUGAGCUAGAUCGCUAACUCUAAAUAUAAUACCCAAAACACAUGAGCUAGAUCGCUAACUCUAAAUAUAAUACCCAAAACACAUGAGCUAGAUCGCUAACUCUAAAUAUAAUACCCAAAACACAUGAGCUAGAUCGCUAACUCUAAAUAUAAUACCCAAAACACAUGAGCUGGAUCGCUAACUCUAAAUAUAAUACCCAAAACACAUGAGCUAGAUCGCUAACUCUAAAUAUAAUACCCAAAACACAUGAGCUAGAUCGCUAACUCUAAAUAUAAUACCCAAAACACAUGAGCUAGAUCGCUAACUCUAAAUAUAAUACCCAAAACACAUGAGCUAGAUCGCUAACUCUAAAUAUAAUACCCAAAACACAUGAGCUAGAUCGCUAACUCUAAAUAUAAUACCCAAAACACAUGAGCUAGAUCGCUAACUCUAAAUAUAAUACCCAAAACACAUGAGCUAGAUCGCUAACUCUAAAUAUAAUACCCAAAACACAUGAGCUAGAUCGCUAACUCUAAAUAUAAUACCCAAAACACAUGAGCUAGAUCGCUAACUGUAAAUAUAAUACCCACUGCUAGUAUCAAUAUGUUAAUCUAGAAUGUAUGUAAAAAAAAAACGACCCAAUGAUGCUGAUGCGCAUUUUGGCCGCUCCAUAGGCCUAUCUCAAAGAUAUAUGAAAUAUCUGGGUUGUAAAAUAGUUGCUAUUGAGCUCGGUAAUCAGAGUUGAGAAAUGAAUUAUACUUACAGAAAGCUGAGAACCUCUUCUCUUCAACAGCGACGACAGUAUUACACAGGAUAGCAGUGUUUUCCCAGCAAUUUGAUUUUGAAAUGUCAUACAAUCCGAUUUUCUUUCCUUCCAGAUCAUUUUUUUUCACCCGGGAAAGGAGAGAGCGAUUAGCUUCCUCGAACACAGUAGCAGGCCCCAGCAAAAAAGUAUCAGCUGCAGGGCAUAAACGUUCAUUACAGGAAUCAUGAGGAUAAUGUACUUUACCGAUUGACCAAAUCAUGGGUUUAACUCGCACAGCCAAGUCAAACGGUCGCAGUGUGGAGCCCUGAUAUUUCAUCUGUCCAGUUCAUCUCAACUGUUUAUGUUGCAUAGACCCCAUUGUGUGUUUCAGUUUGCUAGACCAGAUUCCGGAGAUGUUUGAAGACACCAGGGAGACUGAGACGGUGUUUGGACCAGUCAUCCAGGCAGGACUGGAGGCAUUGAAGGCUGCAGACUGUGCCGGGAAACUGUUUGUGUUCCACUCCAGUCUGCCCAUCGCUGAGGCUCCUGGGAAACUGAAGAACAGAGAGGACAAGAAACUGGUGGGAACAGACAAGGAGAAGGUACACUCUCUCACACACACACACACACUAACAAGGACAAGGUAAACUGAUUGUAGCAAUUAAAACACAUAAAGAACCCCCAUUUGAGAGAAUGUGUUUUCUCUUGUAUUGGUUGGGCAGUCAAUGACUCUGUCAACGCCCCUCCCUCUCUCCCCUCCCCCCAGUCUCUGUUCCAGCCCCAGUCUGGUUUCUAUAGUAACCUGUCUAAGGAGUGUGUAGCCCAGGGCUGCUGUGUGGACCUCUUCCUGUUCCCAAACCAGUACGUCGACGUGGCAACGCUUGGCGUGGUGCCCGUCUCCACUGGGGGCUCCGUCUACAAAUACACCUACUUCCAGGUGAGAGAGACACAUUUAUACACACACUAGCGCUCAUCCUAACGUCGUCCACCCUUCACCUGUUACCUGCCUUCACGCACUCUGUCUGUGUGUGUGUCAGGCUGAGACGGACCGCAAGCAGUUCCUGAAUGAUCUGCGGCGAGACGUUCAGAAGCCGAUGGGCUUCGACGCUGUCAUGAGGGUCCGAACGAGCACAGGUAGGUGUUUCUCUCUCUCUCUCACACACACGCUUCACCUAGUUUUAAAUGGUCUUGUUUUGAGUGCUGUCAUAACCUCCUACCUCUCUCCUCCAGGUAUCAGAGCGACAGAUUUCUUCGGCUCGUUCUUCAUGAGUAACACAACAGACGUAGAGCUGGCAGGACUGGACUGUGACAAGACUGUUACUGUGGAAUUCCGCCAUGAUGACAAGCUCAGCGAGGACACCGGCGCACUCAUGCAGUGUGCGGUGUUGUACACCAGCUGUAGUGGUCAGCGGCGUCUGCGGGUCCACAACAUGGCGGUCAACUGCUGCUCCCAGCUCGCCGACCUCUACCGGAACUGUGAGACGGACACCAUCAUCAACUUCAUCUCGAAGUAUGGUAAGUGUCACACACACUCUCUCCAUCUAUCCCCCUGUGCCUCUCUAUGUCAGUGAAAUGGUUUACUAUGUUUCUGGAUUACGUUACUAAGAGAAAGCAUGUAUAAAGGACAGCAAGGGUCCACUCAACAAACAACCAAUUCUACUUCAGAUGCGUUAUAGCAGUCUGAUAAGUAAGAUUUAAACCAACUUCACGUCUGGAAAUGGAAACCAAUGGUUCUCUCUGUGUGUGUAGCGUACCGCAGCAUAUUGAACACCCCCACCAAGACUGUGAGAGACACCAUGGUGAACCAGUGUGCCCAGAUUCUGGCCUGCUACCGCAAGAACUGUGCCAGCCCCUCGUCUGCCGGACAGGUCAGUCAGUCACUCAGCUCCCCUCUUGGACAGGUCAGUGACACACGCAUGAUACACACACUCACCCGCUCACUAAAUGCUCACCCCAACACCACACACUAUGCCACUUACGUCAGUCAGUCACACACAACAUACAUAUACACACAUCUCCCACACUCAACAACUUACACACACACACGCACUCAGGGGCGUCAUGCACCCAUUAUUUUAGAGUGGGCACAAAGUACGUGAGGAUGGCGUUGCCCCAUGUCCUGAAGUCUGGAAAAUGUAGCAUUUUUCCAACAGCUGAAACAGCUUUUUCCUGCAAUCUACAUUACAACACAGUACAUGGGAUCAUAACACACAUUAUAAAACUGGUUGUUUGGAUCCUUGGAUGCUGAUUGGAUGAGCAGCGUUCCAAGCCGUUCUGUAUUGGCCAUCAAAGACACACCUAUGGCUGCUAACAGUUCCAUCUGAAAAUGAUCUCUGCGCCUCCAUAAGAAUAUCAUGUUCAUGUUGCUGUCCGAAUCAUCUCAACUCUCACAUUAUUUCCCCUUGCUUCUAGCCUAGCAUUUAGUUUGGUACAGCGGGGGUUAAUAUAAGCCUCGCUGUCUGAAAACAAUGUUUCACUUUAGAAUUUUGAUCUCUGUAGUGCCAUACAUAGAGUGAAGGGUGCCCAGACAAAACAACUUUUACUGAGCCAGUCAAAAUCACGCAUCAACGUCAUUUUCAUGGACGUAUCCAAGUAAAUGUCAAUAGAUAAAACGCAGCAAGUGUACUGUCAAUUCCAGGUUCAAUGUUUGACGUGACUGAGUUAGCUGAAGUUGGCUAGCUAGCUAGCAAGUGACAAAUGUUAUUCCAGCCUGCAUAGCAACCAUUUUGUUUGGAACGGACAACCAGACCUUUUGCAUAGCAACUAAGCAAAAGGAAUUAACGACUGCGUCGCAUCUGUAGCAACAUGACCAAAAGACUAUAUCUUCUGGUGGAAGAAUGAAAUUGAAUGAAUUCACUUAUCAAAAUAAGGUUUUAAUGAAAAUUGAAAAAUGAAAAUGUGUUAUUUUAAUGUUGGUAACAUUAAAAGCAGUAAAGCUAUGGCGUUGCGCCGAACAACGCCAUUUGCCUGUGACUGCAUUCAUGAUACAGCACUGCCUCGUGUGCCUUUAUAGCUUAAUCAUCAAUACAGGCACAUAUCAUAAGGUGCCAGAUUACAUUUAAACCAAGUAUUUUUCUGAAUAUCUAAGCAUACAAUACCUUCAGAAAGUAUUCAUGCCCCUUGACUUAUUCCACAUUUUGUUGUUACAGCCUGAAUUCAAAAUUGAUUAAAUUCAUUUUUCUCACCUGUCUACACACAAUACCCCAUAAUGACAAAGUGAAAACGUGUUUUUAGACAUUUUAGCAAAUGUAUUGAAAAAUGAAAUACAGAAGUCUAAUUUACAUAAGUAUUCACACCCCUGAGUCAAUACUUUGUAGAAGCACCUUUGGUAGCGAUUACAGCUGUGAGUCUUUCUGGGUAUGUCUCUAGGAGCUUUGCACACCUGGAUUGUUGAAUAUUUGCCCAUUUUUAUUAUUUUCUAAAUUCUUUUAGCUCUGUCAAAUUGGUUGUUGAUCAUUGCUAGACAACCAUUUUGUUAAGAGAAUUUCUAUCUCUAAUUCAACCUAAGCUUGAAUCAUUACCAGAGGUUGUAAGGCUCUGGUUUUAAUCAUACAUGAUUCAAGGUCCACAACCAGCUAGAAUGAUCUGUAUUUUUAUUCAUGGAGAGCUCUGGCGCCAAAACCCAUACCCUCCUGUUUUAUACCCCUUGACACACAAAGGCACUUUGCUCCGCCCACCUUUAGGAGGCUUUCUUAAACAGUUUCCACCUUUCUCCUUCACCCUGGAAUGUUUAGUCCCGCCCCCCUCUGUUAGUGGGUUGAUAAUUCUAACACAGUUUACAAAUUUUUACUGUAUUUGGGGUGAAAUCCUUUAGUCAUUAUUCUUAAAAUACAAAUUAAUCUAACACAUUUUCAGGUCUUGCCAUAGAUUUGCAAGUAGAUUUAAGUUAAAACUGUAACUCGGCCACUCGGGAACAUUCACUGUCUUCUUGGUAAGUAACUCCAGUGUGGAUUUUGCCUUGCGUUUUAGGUUAUUGUCCUGCUGGAAGUUGAAUUCAUCUCCCAGUGUCUGGUGGAAAGCGGACUGAACCAGGUUUCCUCUAGGAUUUUGCCUGUGUUUAGCUCCAUUUCGUUUCUUUUUAUCCUGAAAAACUCCCCAGUCCUUAACGAUUACAAGCAUACCCAUAACAUGAUGCAACCACCACUAUGCUUGAAAAUAUGGAGAGUGGUACUCUGUAAUGUAUUGGAGUGCCCCAAACAUAACACUUUGUAUUCAGGAGAAAAAGUUAAUUGCUUUCCCACAUUUCCUCAGUGGGUGGACCUGGCUCCCAAGUGGGUGGGCCUAUGCCCCCAGGCCCCAUGGCUACGCCCCUGCCCAGUAAUGUGAAAUCCAUAGAUUAGGGCCUAAUUUAUUUAUUUCAAUUGACUGAUUUCCUUAUAUGAACUGUAACUCAGUAAAAUCGUUGAAAUUGUUGCAUGUUACUAUUAUAUUUUUGUUCAGUAUAGAUAAUUGUAUGUGUGGGGUACAGAGAUGAGGUAAUCAUUCAAAAAUAAUGUUUAGCACCACUAUUGUUGCACACAGAUUGAGUGCAUGCAACUUUUAUUAUGUGACUUGAACCUAUUUAGGCUUGCCAUAACAAAAAUUUGUAAAAAGUCAAGGGGUGUGAAUACUUUCUGAAGGCACUGUAUAUCAAAUAAUUUACAAAUAUCCUGCGAGUCCUUCCCAUCACCGGCAGCUAAAAUCAAAUUAAAUGCUUUGUGUCACUCUACACUCUUACCCUCCUCCACCGACAAUACAGUCUGCAUGAUCUCCGUGGUGCACUUACUGGGUGGGGUGGGGUGGGGUUACUCUUUGUCUGGUCCAGUCAGUGUGUCCCCUCUGCAAAAUACCGCUGACAGAACUUAAAAACAAAGUUUAGUAAUGAAUUUAACAUCUGAAAAUGUAAACAGGACAUCUGAGUGGGCACGUGGGACGUGACGCCUCACACCCUUCCCCUCUGUCCUUUCUCCUUCUGUAGCUGAUCCUACCAGAGUGUAUGAAACUGCUGCCAGUCUAUUUGAACUGUGUGUUGAAGAGUGACGUGCUGCAACCGGGAGCUGACAUCUCAUUAGACGACAGAGCCUACCUGAGACAGCUGCUCAGCUGUAUGGACGUAUCAGAGAGCCACAUCUUCUUCUAUCCCCGCCUACUUCCCCUGGUGAGACACACGCUGCUCUCCAACUCUCUCUCUCGCUCAGUUCACUUCAAUCAGCCUCAUUUUGCAUGACAAGGCAUGAGCAAACAUGUAAGAACAUAUUACAUCAAUGUUAAAUCGUAUUUUAAUCAAAUCCCUUUUCAUCCCAGGUGAAGUUGGAUGGAGGGUCGUUGCCCAUGGCAGUGCGUAACUCGGAGGAGCGCCUGUCAAAGGGCGGAGUCUAUCUCCUGGAGACAGGGCUCCACCUGUUCCUGUGGGUGGGAGCCAAUGCCCAGCAGGAGCUGCUCAGCAACAUAUUCGGCACGCCCACCUUCAGCCAGAUAGACCCCAACAUGGUGAGACCUCAACUUCAUACAAAUAAUUUUCUUGCCUCGAAGUGUGUGUGUGUGUGUGUUGAUCUUCUAAAUGUAUGUGAUGUGUUCCAGACGAGUCUGCCGGAGCUGGACAACCCGUUCUCCCAGAGACUCCGAGAGAUCAUCGACUCCUUCAGAUCACAACGAUCACGAUACAUGAAGGUCAGACUUCACUACCAAUCUCGUUCUCUCUCUCCCUCGUUCUUCCUGUAUCUUUCCAUCUCUAUCUUUCUCUGUGUUGUAGUUAGAGUAUAAGGUGUGUUAACGUCUUUCUCUGCAUGUCUCUAGUUGAUGGUGGUGAAGCAGGAGGACAAGGCGGAGCUAAUCUUUAAACACUACCUGUGCGAGGACAAGAGCGUCAGCGGAGGAGCUUCCUACGUCGACUUCCUGUGUCACAUGCACAAGGAGAUCCGCCAGCUGCUCAGCUAG